ACGGCACACGAUUUAAUUCCUGUGUUCAGUGGGAGCUGAUCAAGCAACGGGAGUAGUUACUAUAACUAACUAUUAUUAUUCGAGCUAAAAAAAGGUUUCUAUUUGGUAAAAUAGAAAUGGGAAUCCUAUAAGGCCUAAACAAUAAAUAAUGCUUUUAAAAAAUCUUGAAACUGUGACGAAAUUAUACAUUCUUAAUAAAUUAUGAUAAAUAUAUAUGUGAAUAAUAAAGUGGAAAAACUAAAAUUGAAAUAAGAAUUAAGAAAUACGAAAUAUUCCUGUGUUAAAAAUAAAUCAAGAAUAAAUUUAUUCCAACAAAAAAAUAUAAUAUAUACGGAAUUCAUUCAAAAGUCCUUGAUGUUUUUUAAAAUAUUUUUUAUAAAAAGUUUGUAACUUGUGCGGACUGUGUUUAGAAUAUAGUAUUACCUGAAAUGUUUACAAACAAAAAUGUAGGUUGCAAGUUUACAUUUUUCUUCUUUAUAUACUUGCAUUUUAAUUCAGUUACUAGUGACAUAAUUAGAUAUAACAAGAAAAUAAUACAAGAUGCCAAUCUGUUAAUGCCGGAUUUGAUUAAAAAAUAUGAUUAUCCUGUGGAAACCCACAAGAUCCUGGCCAAAGAUGGCUUUGUGCUUACAGCUCAUCGCAUUCCCAAGCAGGGUGGACAACCUGUCUUGAUGGUUCAUGGGCUUUUCGACAGUUCAUCGGCUUAUGCGAUCCUGGGUCCUAAAAAAUCCUUGUCAUUCCUGCUCAGUGAUCUUGGCUAUGAUGUUUGGAUGUUAAACACCCGCGGAAAUCGAUAUUCCCGUAAGCACAAGAGAUUCCAUCGAUAUCAGCCUCAGUUUUGGGACUUUUCUUUUCAUGAACUGGGAAUAUACGAUAUUCCUGCUGCCAUUGAUUAUGUCCUUGGCAGGAGUAAGGAUUUCCAGCAAGUCCACUAUAUCGGACACUCGCAGGGCACUACCUCGUUCUUCGUUAUGGGAAGUGAGAGGCCUAGUUAUAUGAAAAAGGUAAAGCUUAUGACGGCAUUGGCUCCUGUAGCUUAUUUUGAUUUUAUUGAGAACCCGAUUGCUUUGACAUUUGCAAAGUACGUCCCAACGUUGGCAAAACUAGCCAAAACCUUUGGGAUCCACGAACUUCCUCCGGAAAACGAAGUGUGGCGAAAGCUCGUUUAUCAAAUAUGCAGCUUUGCUUUUCGAAACACUUGCAUAUAUUUCAUGUUCGAAAUAAUGGGAAUAGACUACCAGCAGUUCAACUCCAGUCUGACUCCACUUUUCCUGGGACACACUCCCGCGGGAUCCUCGGUAAAGUCUAUUGAGCACUAUGCCCAGCAGAUCCACAGUGGCGGCUUCUACAAAUUCAAUUACAAUAAUAUUUGGGAGAACCGACGACGACAUGGAUCUGAUAUUCCAACACAAUAUAAUGUGGCUUCCGUCGACUGCAAAGUGGCACUGUAUUAUGGAAAAAAUGAUCGGUUGACGUCAGUCAAGGAUGUUCAACGACUACGAGAUGCUCUACCCAAUGUGGUGCAUGAGAAUCUUUUGGAAAGCGAGAGGUUUAAUCACAUUAAUUUUAUUUGGGGAAACGAUGUCAAAACCAUGCUCUACGAUGAGGUGAUAGAGGUCAUGCAAAAAGUUGACAGUGGGGAGUUGUAGUUAUCCAUAAUAUUAAAUCAUGCAAAGAGUAUUUUAAUACGUCAUUGCGUGUAUGAAUGCGUAUAAAAAAUGAGCAUCGGCCCAUCAAUGGGCUAAGACUGGCAAUCGAUUUAAACAAAUCGGUCGAGCAUCGGAAUAUAUGGUCCGUCCAUGAUUGGGAGAGCAUCUGAAGUUAUUAUUGUCCUGAUACAGGAGCCUACCAUCGACCAAGGAUCGGGUUUAAGCAUCGACCGAUUAUAAUAAUACAUUAUGGGCCAAGCUUAGGGUACAAGUCUCGACCAAUCAAAGGGUACAAGCCUCGGCCAAUGUACAAUGCAAUAUGUAUAUAUUUACAUUAUUUUAUUUUUGUAUAGUAUCAUCUUAAUAUCAAUCACUGUCAUUUAAAGAAAAAAUUCUAAUCAAUUUUAUUGAAUAAGCUUAGAGCUAAAAUAUUGAAGGUAUUAAUAUGUAUUAAAUUUUCAAGCAAAUUUAUCUUUAAGCUCUUUAUGAGUAGCUUUUAUUAUUAAUUAUAUUUAUAAUAACACAGAUGUAUUAACUUAGCUUUCAUAUUCAUUUUGUUCGACCUUAUCAAACUCAAAUACUGUUUAUAAAAGUUGUUGAUGAGGUAACAUAUAAAAUUUUUUACAAUUAUAUGAGUA